UCUGAAAAGAAGCGAAAAAGGCUGAAGUGAAAAUUAUUAAUGAUAUUUUCUCAAAAGAAAAUGAGAUUUUAAGCUAAAAAAUUUAUAACGAAUUCGCAAAGUUGUGUGCAAUGCCAUACAAUGUUACCAAUAAAUAAAACCUUAAGACGUGGACACAAAUCGGAGGGAAACUAGGUCGGUCGCAGCGACUCUGUUCAAGAGCCGUAACGUUAUAGUAUUAUAGCAAGCUGAUAGCGCGCUUCAUAGAAAAUGUGGCAAGGGUCGUGAGUCCCAUUGGGGUGUGGGCAGCUAAACGCCAGCUAAAUAAAUCAACUAGGUGGCUAACUCGUCGAACUACAGUUAAAAUGGGGGCAAACACCUCAAGCGGGGGUUACCCGAUGACCACAGCAGCCAGUGGCGGUGGCUCUAGCAGCGGCAACACUAAUGGGAACUUAUCCUUAUUGCUACCAAUGAGCGCCUCUGGUAUGACGACAGCGGGCGCGACAGGCAGUGGCGGUGGCCCUGGCGGUGGUGUUGGUGGUUCUGGUGGCGUUGUUGGUGGGUCCGCUGCCAUCUAUGGUGGAGCACACUACCAUCGGGAACAGCGACGUAAACGCGUGACCGGUUUUGCAACGCUCAAGCGAAAAUUUAUACGUCGGCGACGUUCAUCAAAGGCCUGUGAUCAUGCGCGUGUCCUGCGGGACUUUGUAUCCGACUGGGCGCCUCUCGAAUUGGCGGCACUUUGUGAGGAGUACGAAGCCUUGUCAGCGCUAAGGGAUUUGUCGGUACAAGCGGAAUUAGCCCGCCCGCCGGCUACCACAUAUAAACAGGAUCUCGCCGCACUCUACGAUCUGAACAUGUGCAGUGACUGUGACCUCGUCUUUCGCGGCUCAAUAUUUCCGGUGCAUCGUUCCAUUCUAUCCUCACGCUGUACAUAUUUUCGUGAUCUGCUUGCUGGAUGUCCCGGCUUCGGGGCACGAAUUUGCUUGGAGCUGCCAACGUCGCCUAUAGAUGUUCAAUUGUUCUCAUCGCUAUUGCGUUUCUUAUAUACGGGCGAUCUCUGUCCCCACGAUCCAACCAUAGAUAUUAAUCUGUUGCGUCAGCUUGGGGAUGAUUUUGGCUCGCCAAAUCCGCUCGAGGACGAUCUACGCUAUUUGCUCGAAACGGGCGAUUAUGCGGAUGCCGCAUUAGUGUUUACGGCAGAAUGCAGCAACGACUACCUGCGUCCGGACUCUGGCAGCUCAGAGUACGGCUUUCGGCCGAAACUUGAACUGCCAUGCCACAAAGCCAUAUUAAGUGCACGCUCCCCCUUUUUCCGCAAUCUCAUCGCGCGUCGUACGCGCAACAUUGACGAGUAUGUGGAGCGCUCCCUUCACGUACCCACACGCAUUGUGCUGGACGAGACGGUCAUACCGAAGAGAUAUGCACGUGUCCUGCUGCAUGCCAUUUAUUUGGAUACUGUCGAUUUAACGCUCAUAUUACGUGGCGCCGGCUCAGGCAGUUCGGCCGGUUCGCUCGGCGAGGUACAUGCGCUCACAAACACGGGACGGGCGCGACCCACGCCCCUCGAGGAGGCCAUGGAACUGUAUCAGAUUGGACGCUUUCUCGAGCUGGACAUACUCGCACAGGGCUGUGAGGACCUCAUACUAGAGUGGCUCUCCCUCGAGACGUUGCCAACGGUGCUAAGGUGGGGCUGUCAGCCUCAUGGUUCCGCCUGGGUCUUCCGGCAGGCGUGUCAAUAUUUACGCGAGGAGUUUGCCGCCGUCAGCGCAUCACCGGUGCUCCACCAGCUGGAUAAAGCACAGCUGCUGCAUGUCCUGCAGAGCAAUUUUCUGCAAGCAUCCGAACUGGAAGUAUUACAGGCUGUGCUUAAAUGGGGGGAGCAAGAACUCAUUCGACGCAUGGAAGAUCGAGAGCCGAAUCUGUUAUCGCACACGGCCCAUUCGGUGGCGCGGAAAGGCGUUAAGAAACGCGACCUCAGUGACGUGGAGUUGCGUGAAAUACUAUCGGAGCUGCUGCCAUUGGUCCGCAUGGAUCACGUACUGCCGCCACAUAACGAGGUGCUCGUCCAGGCUAUACGCCGCGGGUUGGUUAGCACACCGCCAUCGCAUAUGAUUGGCGAUGAGAGGGAAAAUCUGCGUGUCAAUGCAUGGAUACGGGGCGGAAAGAAUCAAGGACUGUUUGUCAGGCCCCGCCUCUUCAUGCCAUACUUUGAGGAGAUAAAGGCGCUUCUCAAGGAUCGCAUGGCCUCAUCCCAUCAUCAGGUAGAAUUGAUGCGCAUGCGUCGCUCCCGCCACCUGCCCGAUAUACCCGAUACCCUCUAUAUGGUGUCGCGUAUGAAUGCCACAGCAAAUAGUGGCCUCGGCGCUGGCGUUAGUUGCGGCGUCGGCGACGAUAAUGUGGAUAUGUUGGCUGCCGCUGUGGCCAUACCGCCGCCCGAUAGCCAAACGCUGCUAGCGAUGCGCAAACGCGAGCACAAACUGCGUCAAUCGCCGAUGUGUCAACGAGCUCUGUUAUUGCCGCUCUCCUCGAAGCAUGAGAUUGAUCGUCAGAUACGGCUGCGGGUGGUAAGGGAGUUUAAUCUGCCAGAUGAGGUGUCAGAUCUGCUCGAGAGCUCAUUAUUGACCAAUCAACGUGUGGUGGGCAGCGGAGCGGAGGACUGUGGUGGAAUGGUCUCGACAACGCAAACGGAAGACUGCGUUCUUGAGGAUGAGGAUCAGAGUCCACCGCCGUCGCCGGCAGCCACCGGUUCAGUUCCAUGUCGCACAACUGCCGGUUCCUCAUUCUUGUCGACUUCAUCCAUGUGUUCGUCAGCGGCGUCUUCCACAUGCGGCGCGGAUGGCGUACAGCCAUGCUACAGUCGGAAUCUCACAUUUCCGCGCCAAAAUCCAGACGGCCUGCUCGGAAUUACCAGCCUCUUGGGCUCCAACUCAAACACUGGUCCCCAGUCGACCUUUGCCCGUCUUUCUGCCUCUGUGCAUCAUCGUAACGAUCUGCCGGCGCUUAUCACUGAAGGCGAUUUUCGUUUCCCGCACGGCAGUGCUCUCGGCCUCGAUAUGGGAGCCGAGGGUGGUGCUUGUGGCGUCGAACAAGGCAAUAGCGCGAAUGGUCAUCUCUCUGAUAUGAUGCCCGAUGUGGCCAUGGCAACGGCUUCUUUGGGACAACUCCAUCUGGCCCCCGGCCAUGGUGGACACGGCGGCCCCGGAGAUGGAGGUGGUGGUGGCAACAAUGUUGGAGCUGAUGGCAGCAAUGGCGAUAUGCCUGAAAGCUUGCAACUCGAUUUGGGCGAUGGGCCCAGCCCUCAUAUGAUGGGUGCUGCUCCCGGUGCUAUGACAUUGCGCAGUUUACAGCAUCAAUUGCCGCAAAGCAAUUAUCAUCGAUUCAUGCAGCGUUCCAAUUCGCCAUUCGAUGUACUCCGUCAGGGGCAGCACUCGCCAGCGCCUCCAUCAGCUGGGGCAUAUAAUUCCGGACCACCCAGGUUUUUAUAGAGUUUGCGAGUGGCCCCUGAUGAGGGGCUUUAUUUUAGCAUGCCUUUCUGAACAAAAAAAAAACAAAAAACAAAAACAACACAAACAACUAGAAAUGAAAUAAAAUCUAAAAAAUACAACAAAAAUCUACAAAAAAAAACCGAAAAAAAAUGUGUUAGAUAACAAAUAAAUUAAAUAAUUUAUGUAAGAAAAGAACUUUGGACAAACGGACAAAAGGUAAAACAUAAUAAUAAUAUUAAUAAUAAAACAAAAAAGAAAGAAAAACAAACAAAAAAUAAACAAGUUUUAAGGCACCUGCUCAGUCCCAGUUGCUCGCUCUUUCGUUCGUUUGACCAUCGAAAACAAAAUAAGUAUUAUACAUAUAUAAAUAAAAGAAUAAUAAAUAAAUAGGAGAACACGAAAGCAUUUGGUCGCCAAAGUAGGUCAAUAAAUUUGGAAUUUUUUAUUCCAAAAUAAACCGAA